CUUGAGCUUCAUGUACAUACAUUGUUCUAAAACAGCUUCACCCCCACCAAAAAAAAAAAAAGAACUCGUGUCUCGUCAAGCUUGGGGUCUCCUUGUCUUCCAGCUUUCUCACCAGACAAGCCUAUGGCACGAGUUGAAUCAAGUUUAAGCUUCGGUCCCUCAGAUGCAGAACCUGAAGGCAUGAACCACCAACCUGAGAUAUACUGUGGCGAACGCACAAGGAUGGUGCAGUAUUUCUUUUGGCAACAUGUGCAGUUGGCCCACUGAUAUUUUUGUGCCUGCCAACAGAGGAACACACGCAUCAUACAAGAGAGAUAAUGGAGAUUGAUUUGACACCCAAAUCGUCUAAGUCUGUAUACGGAAGUGAUGGCGGAUCAUACUUCUCAUGGUCACCAUCUGAUCUUCCUAUGCUCAAAGAAGGUAACAUUGGAGCAUCCAAGAUUUCUCUCCAGAAGAAUGGUUUAGCUAUGCCUAGCUAUUCUGAUUCCGCCAAGGUUGCGUAUGUUCUUCAAGGAAGCGGUACUGCUGGUAUUAUCCUUUAUGAAGCUGAGAAGGAGAAGGUGAUUGCAGUCAAAGAGGGUGAUGCUAUUGCUUUACCUUUCGGUGUUGUCACUUGGUGGUUUAACAAAGAAGAUACAGAACUUGUUAUUUUGUUCAUGGGUGAUACCUCGAAAGGUCACAAAGCUGGUGAGUUUACCGAAUUCGCUUUAACCGGCGCUAAUGGCAUUUUCACUGGAUUUACCACUGAGUUUGUUAGUCGGGCUUGGGAUUUGGAAGAAGACAAGGUUAAGGAGCUUGUUGGAAGCCAAAAGAGCACCGGAAUCAUUAAGUUGAAAGAUGGCUUUCAGAUGCCAGAGCCUAGUGAGGAAGACAGGAAAGGGAUGGCUUUGAACUGCUUAGAAGCGCCUCUUGAUGUCGUUAUCAAGAACGGCGGGCGUGUUGUGGUUCUGAACACCAAGAACUUGCCAUUGGUUGAACAAGUUGGACUUGGAGCUGAUCUUGUCAGGAUCGAUGCUGGAUCAAUGUGCUCGCCUGGAUUCUCCUGUGAUUCAGCUUACCAGGUUACAUAUAUUGUUCGGGGUAGCGGCCGUGCUCAGAUUGUCGGUGUUGAUGGCAAGCGCAAGAUGGAGAUAAGAGUCCAAGCUGGUAACUUGUUUAUUGUCCCAAGGUUCUUCGUGGUCUCGAAAAUUGCAGAUGAGGAGGGUAUGGAUUGGUUUUCCAUCAUCAGUACUCCAAACCCGAUAUUCUGCCACUUAGCAGGAAAGACAUCAGUCUGGAAAGCAUUGAAUCCUCAAGUUCUUGAAGCUUCAUUCAACGUCGCACCCGAAGCAGAGAAGCAUUUCCGUUCCAAGAGGACUAAUGCUGAAAUCUUCUUCCCUGCACCAAACUAAGAAAACUCUGGGGUUUUCCUCUUUAAAAUUUCAUAUUUAGAUUCUGUCUUGCAGACUUUAGAUUUUGAAUAUUUUCCUUUGAAUAUUUUUUAGAAUAGAUGUUAUUAGCU